AUGGAUAACACAAAAAGUAAGAUGACGAAAGAAGUCACCAUUCACGAUAUCAUCAAAACCUAUGAAACUAUUUCCCCCUAUGUUCAUACUACCCCCGUCUUUACCAAUUUAACUUUAGACCAUCUUGUGGGAAGAAAAGUGUUUUUCAAAGCUGAGAAUUUGCAGAAAACAGGAGCAUUCAAAGCAAGAGGAGCAUUAAAUGCGGUUCUGUCACUUAAAAGCAGGGACCCGUGUGUUGAGGGCGUUGUCACUCACAGCAGUGGAAACCAUGGAGAAGCUUUGGCCUGGGCCUCCAAAAUCGCCCAAGUGGAAUGUAUUGUAGUUGUAACAGAAGAUACGCCGAAAACAAAGUGCCAAGCAAUUAAAGGCUAUGGAGCUGAACUUGUAUUUUGUCGUUCUUCUCCAUCGGCCAGAACAGAAACAUGUGACCAGAUUUCCAAUGAAAAAAAAUUCCCAUAUAUUCCUUCCUCUGAUCACUAUGACAUCAUUGCAGGACAGGGGACAAUAGCUGUAGAGUUUUUGAAGCAAGUGCCAGAAUUAGACGCUAUUUUGGUUCCUGUUAGUGGUGGAGGAAUGGCUUCAGGGAUUGCAAUAGCAGCUAAAGCGAUUAAACCAAAUAUCAAAGUUUUUUUGGUUGAACCCGAGGGAAAAAUGUGCGAACAAUGCCUCAGAACAGGAAAACGACUCUGGCCUAAUCCCCCUCAAUUUCUGAAUACAAUAGCAGACGGACUAAAAUUACAACAACUAGGAAAGUUAACAUGGCCGAUCAUUCUAGAUCUUGCAGAAAAAGAAGUAUUCUCAGUGACUGACAAAGAAAUUAUAAAGGCCAUGAAAUUUGUAUUUGAAAGAAUGAAGUUGGUGAUAGAGCCGGCUGCAGGAACGGGAGUAGCUGCAGUGAUGUCAGAAAGAUUGGCGGCCAUGGACCCAGACAUGAAGAACAUAGGCGUUAUAUUGUGUGGUGGAAAUGUCGACAUUGACAACCUACCGUGGUACUAAUCAAAAACAAGAUUUUUUGAGACUGAAGGAAGUUCUAUUAUAAGAAUGUAUUUACUAUUGAUAUUAUCACUGAUUAGUUCAACAUUGGUGCAAAAAUGAUGAACUGUUGGUAUUGUUACACAUUUUAUUUAUAUCAUGUUUUUUUUUUAAUUCUACAUUUACUUAUGGUGAGAGUUAAGAAAGUGAUAAACAAUUUGGACAUGAGAGUACACAGUAGUUGCUGUCAUAGGUGUAAUUGUGCAUGAUAUUUUAGUCGUCGAUUCUCAGGAGAAAAUGAGAUCUUAAUGAAAAUUAAACAUAACUUGGCACAAAAACUUAUUGAAGAAAGGUGUGGCAUUUUUUUUUCUUUUGUAAGAAGGAUUUUUUGAUUUUAUUUUUUAGGUUACUUGAGUGACUCAGGUGUCCUAUUGCAAUCUGUUUUCGUCCGUCGACGUGCGUCGUCCGUUAACUUUUGAACAUUUUCAGCUUCUUCUCUGGAACCACUGAACCAAUUUCGAUAUUUUUAUGCUUCUGUGUAUUUGGAAGGCACACUAAGUGCACCGUUAUCAUUAAUAAGCAAGGGAGCAUCUUCCAAAAGUUUUGAAUUUCAUGCCCCUGUGUCAGGGUUCUGGCGUUUGGGUGGUGCUCUAUUGAUUACCUAGUGAAAAUGCAUUAAUUCUUUGAAAAUCCUCUUCUCUGCUCCUGUGUAUUAAAGACACUAACAAAGUACAUCAUUUUGAAGAGCAAGAGUGCCUCCUCCAAAAUUGUGAAUUCCAAAACCCUAGGGUCGGGGGUUCUGAGGAAAAGGGGGGGAGCUCUAUUGAUUACAUAGUGAAAAAAAAUCUUUGAAGAAUUCAUUUCUGGUUAUAAGGCACAGAAGCUAAGUGUAUAGUGAUGAUGAGCAAGAGUGUUUCUUCCAGAAUUGUGAGUUUCGUAGCCCCUUGGUCAGGUGUAAUGGUGGGGCUCUAUUGAUAAUAUAGUGAAAAUGCAUUAAUCUAUUAAAUAGUCCUUAUAUAUAAUCCUGUCUGCUCCUUAGUUUUGAACAGAUAAACAAAGUGCAUAGUUAUGAUGAACAAGUGUGCUUUUUACAAAAUUUAAAAAAAAAACUUGUUUGUGGUCCCAGAUUGAGAGGUUCUGGUGAAAAGAACUUCAAUAGUUUAAAUGAUCAGGUAGACUUGUAAAUAAUAGAUAAAUAAAAAUGAGACGAAAAUAAAACUUAUCUUAUUAAAUGUUCUUCAAAGACCAAGAGAGGCCAUUGUGAGAGAUUACAAUAUGGGGUAUUCAAUAGUACAGAAGCAGAAAUAGUGUGUUAAGUCUGCAGGGUGAUAGUGAUAAAAGAGGGACAGGUUAGAACUUAAUUUAUGAGUUCUUAUUGAAUACUAGACUAAUUAUUUUAUUGAUCCUGAUCAUCCUAUUUCUCUUGCUUUUGGGCAUCAAAGCUUCAUCUAUCAGUUUAUUUUAUACUCUAUGGAUCCUCUAAAUUAUUGUAUUAUACUCAGGUGACCGUUAAGGCCCUUGGGCCUCUUGUUAUCUGAUUGAUAUCCAUUUAUACAAUGCAUUUUUUUGUGUUUCACUUUCAUUUAGAAUAAUAUAUAUACAUAUAAUAUCAGAGAUUUUCUUUUGCUUCAAAUUUUAACUGCAUGUAUUUGGAACAUUAAACUGUAGCUGUAAAAGUCAUUUAAGGACAUUUCUU